GCAACUAGCCGAGGUGCCUAGGUUGGCUCACCCUGGUUGGGCGCGCUGUGCUGUUUCUCGAGCAACUAACUUCGCCGCCCCGCCAGUGUCAACAACUGCACUUACCAAACUCGAAAGCCUGCCACCUCGCGCGCCGACGCGAACCUGACAGCCCGCACGCGACCACACCAAGUCCCACAUCGCCAGCGCGGCAGCUGGUCAAGAUGUCGUACAACCCACGGAUGUCCAUCCUGCCGGCCGCGCAGCAGCAGUCGCGGUCGCGCAAGAAAGAGGAGGAGGCGGCCUACGCCAACAUGCGCCUCCCCGACCGCGAAAUCGUCGGCUGCAUCAACGAGAUGGGCAUCCCGUUCACGGUCGCCGACCUCCAGAAGCCGAACCCGAUGCAAGUGCAGAUGAUCUUCGAGUGGUUUGGCGAGCUGCUCAUGAACAAGACGCGGCAGACCGUGGACCCGGCCAUGCGCGCGGCCGCCGAGGACAUCUGCGGCGACUUUGGCGACGCGCUGAUGCCGCCCGACACGCGCAACUUGAUGGGCUUCUUCGCGUCGCUGCAGCGCCUGAUGUUCGAUUGCGGCGUCCACGACUUCGGCUUUUCAGACCUGUACAAGCCGACCCACGACCGCCUCGUCAAGAUCUUCAGCUACGUCAUCAACUUUGUGCGCUUCCGCGAGAGCCAGACGGGCGUCAUCGACGAGCACUGCAACCGGGCCGAGGGUACCAAGGCUCGCAUCGAGCAGCUGUACGCCGAGAACCAGAACAUGGAGGCCCAGCUGGACGACAUGCGCGCCAACCGGAGGCAGAUGGAAGCGCUGGUGGCCGAGAAGACGCGGCGCAACGAGGAGCUCAAGAAGAGACUGCUGGAGCUGCGGCGCAACCAGGAGAAGGUGGCGGCGCGGCUGGAGAAUGCCAAGACGAAGAAGGGAGAGCUCGCCGCCGAGCUGGAGGAGAAGACAGCAGCCAAGAUUGCGCUCCAGAAGGAGAGCGCCAAGCUGCGGCCGUACACCCUGCAAAGCCCCUCAGCCCUCCAAGCGAGCCUCACGGAGCUGAGCAACACGCUAAACAACAACAAAGCGCAGAUCGACUCGCUCGACCGCCGGGCACGGGCACUGCAGACAUCCAGCGACUCCUUCGCCGUGGUGUGCAGCGACGUGGCGUCGUGCAUCAAGCUGCUCGAGGAGAUUGCCGUCGAGCUGGCCAAGGAGGAGGAGGACAACGCUAAGAACGCGAAGCAGCGGGACGCGCUUACGGAGCGGGGGGCCAACGUGCGAGAGGUGGAGCGGACCGAGGCUCUGCUCCAGCGGCAGCUGGCCAAGUGGACGGAGCGGACCGAGACGUUGCGGGCGCAGAGCCAGGAGAAGGCGCAGCGGGCCAGGGAGAAGAUGGAGGAGCUGCGGGCGGUGCACAAGACCUUGACCGAGGAGCGGUCCGAGAAGGGCAAAGAUAUCGAGCGGAGACGGGUCAGGAUAGAGCAGAUUGAGAAGAAGGUAUGCGCCCUACCCGGGGAGGUGCAUCGGAAACCCGCUGACAUGCGAUUUAGAUGUUGGAUCUCAAGGAGAACAUCGAGAAUGAGGUGCACGCCGCACAUGACGAGUACCUCAAGCUGGAGGCCCACAUCAAGCUCUACAUCACUGAAAUGGAGCAGGCCAUCUGAACCAGCGGGCUCAGAGAUCAUGUCGUUAUGCGGACGGAUGGGUACGGUACGGCUGGCGGCUAUUUGCGUUCUCAAGGACUGGAAUCGAUACCCAUAGGGCGGGAUGGGACGGCGCUGGCGUUGGAAAGGGAAAUUUGUUCGCAUAGGCUGUAUAGGGCGUACUCACACAGACAUCACG